GUGUGAGUUUCUUUUUCUUGGGGUACCCAAUCUGAGGCUUGUCUGGCAGCCCCUAGAACCCCAGCCCUUGGUUGAUUGAAUAGGACAUUGCGGCAAAGCCUUGUUAGGGCUAUUUUGGACAUUUUUAAUUAAUAAAUGAUGUAAUAAGUGUUUUGAUUUUGAAUCUUUCUUUGACUUUUUUUUUUUGAGGUUAUGUUUAUUAUACUGUCAUUCUCUUCUUUUUUUUCCCAUUGGGUUUCAAUAAACGUAUUUUUGGUAAAUUAAAGUCGUUUAUUAUUACAUAUUGUAAUUAAUAUUAAUUGAUAUUAAAUUAAUUAUUGUAAUUUUCCAAUUAUUUAAACAGUUUCAUUAAUUAAUAAUUAUAUUAAUUAAUAAACGGAACCCAAACAAAAUUGUCAAGACAUUUGUGACAAAUGUCAACAUAACCUAACUUUAUUUUUGUUUACGUUUCAAAUCAAAGAGUAAACAAACCUCUACAAGAAAAUGGAAAAUCAAACAGAAACAAUACAAGAAAUCGAAAAUGAUGAAUUCUUCCAGCAAUUCUUAACAAACCAGGCCAAAACAGCCGUAAAACAAUCCCUGGCUUUCAGUGAACAAAUCAAAAAACUAGGAGAAGGCAUUGAAAUCCUAAACAAAGAAUUACAAAGGCAAGUGCUGGAAAACCACGACGACCUACUGAGACAAGCCAGUCAUGCUAGUAAACUAGAAAACGUUUUAAAUACCAUGAAUGUCCACAUACAAAAUUUGUUUGCCAAUGCUGAAAGACUACGGACACAGAUUACAGUUCCUUGCGAGCAACUAGAAAAACACACAAAAGUCUUAGGAAGACUACACAGAGCCAGUCACAUUUUGAGACAAGUUAGCCGAGUACAACAGCUAAGCAAAAGACUAUCAAACACAAACGACCCAGUACAAAAAGCUACAAUUUUACAAGAACUUGAGCAACUUGCAGCCGACCAAGAAUUAACCGAUAUUGAUGCAGUAACCACUGAACUAAGAAACAUAAGAAUGCAACAGCAAAAAGUAAUCAAAUUAGCCACUGGUUCUUUAAAUCAAGGCAUAAUCACUGAAAAUUUGGCCCAAACCCAAACAGCUUUACAAAUAUUCAUUAAUUUAGGCACAAUAAAAACAACAAUUGAUAAUCUAAUCAAGCAAAACCUUGACGAAUGUCGUGAAAUAUUAAAAACCAAUUUGCAAGUUAAUAAAUCAAAAGGUGCUGGUAGAAUCCAGCUAAGUUCGUCUCAAGGCUUUAGAACCAAAAUCUGGUCAGAACUUGAAAAAAGCUUUAAUGAAGACAUUUUUAAAAUUUGCAAACAAAUCAAGUUUCUACAAACAACUGUAAAUGAGUUACAUAAUUUGGACAAAAACUUGGCUUCAAGUUUUUGGAAAAAGUUAGGCGAAAUUGUUCAGGAGGAAAUCAAGCAAACAUCUUCUGCUGUAUUGCAAAUGCUUGAAGAAGAUUUUCCUAAAUUGUUGAAGUAUUAUUAUGAAAUGAUGAAGAAGUUGGAUUAUGAUCAGUUUAAGUUUGACCGUUCUGUAUUGAAAAAAUUAGAAAACUCUUACCUAUCAUCAUCUCUUACAAGAAUCCUAGAUCCUGUGCAAAACAUGUUUGGAGCAGAAAUUAAUGUUCCAAGUCAGGACAAUAUUGACUCUUUAAUAAGAGUAUUGACAAGUGAAUUGAGUAUGGCCUUGGUCGAAGAACAUCUGAGUGAGCAAACAGCUAAAAAUGUGGCAAAAUGUAUGAAAAUGUUUGCAGUGAAAACUGAGCAGCAGUUGGAAACUGGUCCGGAAGCUGCUCAAGUGAUUGGUGGCGCUCCAAACGCGGGCCAAAACAAAAACGUCCAAUUCGCCAACAGCUUGUUUUAUUUGCACACCCAAGUGCAAAGAAUGCUGAACAACAUGCGAGACACUUUAACCGAAGAUGCCACCAAAUGUAUAACCGAAACGUUGCUCAACCUUAACGUUUUAACUGCUGCCAUUAUGCAACCACUAAUUGUUUCGAUUAAUUCUGUUGUGGAAACAAUUAUUGUAACGAUGCAUUUGGAAAACGACUGGACCAAAUUGCCAGUUUUGAACAACAAAAACAUCUCGUGCAGCCCUUAUAUGAAAGAACUAGUGCACUUUAUUAAUAGAGUUUAUAAUACUUACCUUAAGGAUUUUCAAAAUAAAGAAGUUUUGUCUGAAAAAUGCAAUGAAAUCGCCUUAAGAAGCAUUGACCUACUAGUCCGUCAUUCGUCAAUUUUACGUCCCAUUUCAGCUGGAGGACGUCAAAGGCUUCAAACCGAUUACCGCCAUUUGGAGGAAGCCUUGAAACUUAUUUGCCCCCAAUUAUCAAGCCUAGGCAGGCCUUAUAGGCUCCUAAAAUCCAUGGCCUCCUUGAUAACCCAAACUCCUGAAGAAAUCAUUGCGGGACAAGCUCAGGGCAGUUCGGUACCACACAGUACGAUUUUGCUGAUGCUGUUUUCCUAUGCCGGACCUGAUUUAGCUAGUCCUCAUCAAAAUACAGGUUGGUCUUUACCAAAAAUAUCAGCAUGGUUGGAUGAACAUCCAACCGAAUCCGAACGAUUGGAUUUAGUGGCUGGAGCCCUACAAAAAUACGAGGGCCUAGUGAGAACUAAAAAUUCCACCAACUACGACCCAGUUUAUCCUAUUAUGUCUGGAUUUCUGGAAACUGCUAUAAAAGAGUAAUAAUAGUCCAACUACAAUUUGUAUAUUUGUUUUUUUUCAAUAAAAUAUCAAUUUAUAAACAACCCAAUUCUAUAUAUAAAGCUCAGAAAUUUAUUGCACGCCUUUUUUUGAUAUAUAAGGUCUGUUCGAACCAACAUGAGAAUCAGUAAUUUCCAGUUACAUAACUUGACAAAUAAAUUGGUCGACUGGAAAUUACUGGUUCUCAUGUUGGUUGGAACAAAGCUACAAAUAACUCAAUUGAGAUUAUCCAAAGUGCUCCGUACUUCAAAUUCCAAUUCUUCACUGACCAAAACCUCGUAAGAUGUUUUACCCUCCAAUUUAAACUUCUCGAAAAUCCUCUUUGAAGAUUCCCAACAGAGGAUGUUUUGUUUGAUGGCGUCCACUAAAACUUUAGCGUGGGGAAAUAUCGUAGCUAGAAUUCUAAAACUGGUUUGUAAUCACUGUACGAACAAACCUAAUAUUGUCUCACCUAAAAAUACAAAUACAACAUUGAGUCAAAAACUCCAGCUGGUGAUCGGGUAUAGAAGCUUUUUCUCUGUCCAUCAUGUUAGCAGGUGUUUUGCCCAUUUUCUUUUCGAGGUCGCCCUGGGCGAAAAACUCGGCGUAAAUAAGUUGGGCGACUUUUUUGGUUUCGGCCCAAUCUUUGGUUUGGUCCGACAAGUCGGCGCAAGUCAUCAGGAGACUGGCCAAGUAGUACCUGUGUUCCGGUUGGGUUUUAUCGU